GAGAUUGAAAAAAACAUUUUUCAUAGAAUGGUGAUCACCAUGAAUUUAGAAACUAAACCAUCCAAAAAAGUCAUGUCUUUUUGGAUGGUCUUAGAGUCCUAUAAUUUUAACAAUGUUUUCAAUAAGAUUUCUACUUUUGAUGAAAAAACUUUCAAAAAUCUUUAUGAUGAAGCUGAAACAGCUUUAAGUUUUCUUGAAUCAAACUCUCCAUUUGUUUUUCAAGAUCUUUGUCCAAUAACUUCUCAAUUUUUGAACCCAAUCCUUGAUGAAUUUUUUUCGAACAUGGAGAAAGUGAACCAUGAGGUUUCACUUACCUAUGAUGCAUUUUGUUGUGGCAGUUUUGAUAAUAUAUCUGCCAAGGUGAAUUUGGCAUUGAAUUCUAAACUGAAUUCUUUGGCUAAAGAAUGGGAUCCAUCUGCAAAGGCUACUGAAAUACAUCGUUCUUUGUUCAUGACGUUCACUCGUGGUAAUUACUCCGGAAGAAAAGUGCGUAAUUACUUCCAACGCUAUUUGUAUAGGAGGUUCGGGGCAGACACUGUGCAGGAUGUUCAUAUAUUCAACAAAGGGGGAGCUGGUGCAAGACUUGGACUAAUUGUGUUCAAGAAUAGCUUGAUUUGUGCUUGGCUUAUGCAAGGAGAAGCAAAAUAUUCUAUUGGAUCAGGAUAUGUUUGGCUGAAGAAGUAUGAAGGUCAGAGGUAAUUAUAAGACAGUACUGUGUACUAAAGCUUCCAUUGUGUGCGGAAUCCGGAGAAAAGCUUCCAUUGUGUGCGGAAUCCGGAGAAGGGGCA